CUUGACAAGUUGACGUACGAAGUCCGAAAAGGAGAGGAAGUGGGUGUUAGUGUGUUAUUAUUGUCAAACAGUGGAAAGUCGCUCGUACAUUGGGGGUGCAUGAUCUCAUAAAAAAGGAUUUGAAUCGUUUGAAUGGUUGUGCCAUGCCGGCAGCAGCUAAAUUAAGGAAAUAUGAAGAACAUAACGUACGCAGUUUGAGAAACAAGAUGUUGAAAUCUGCAUGUGGAUAGACAGUACAGUAUUGUAACAUUUCGCAUACAUGAACAAGUUGUCAGUAUAGCUUUGUUGCAGGAUAUGUUGUAAUGUUGAAUUGCAGUGUAUACGGACUCCCACUGACAGUGAAGUCAAGAAAUAUCAGUCUAGGGCUGUAAUUAUACUAAGCGUGCGAAUACUGUGAAGAAGUCCAGAUUACAAUGUCACCAAGACCUGGUAUGCCUCCAGGCACGAGUACUGACGCACCACCAUCACCACCUCCCAGUGAACCGCCGUCACCGAGACAGAUGAAAUGUGCUGAAGGGUUGCCAGAGCCUCCUGGUCUAAAUGAAGUUGAGAUAAUUCUCAGACCUAAUCGUACCUUAAUGGGAAGGAAUUGCACAGUCGUUAAAUCAUUAAAAUUGAGAGCUACACGUUACCUUCGAACGACGAUUAAUGCUUCAAUUGAUCACUUGAAGGAGUACUUGCAGUAUUGUUUGUCACAUGACCUGCAAUGUGAUAUUAAAGUGGCAGACAUGUCUAUUUAUGUACAACCAGCACCUCAUGGCCCAAUGAUUGAAGUUAAGGGAACCCAGACAAUCCGUUGUGUCCGGUACAAGUACUGGAGGUUUAGCUUAUCACCUAUUACACUUUAUUAUUGCUGCAAGAAAGGCUGAUUUCACAGUAUUUACCUACAUUUUUCAGGCAUGAAUGUACGCUAAUGAAAAAAGGACUCUGAAAUGGAUAUUGAGACAACCCAUAAUUUAUUUAUAAAAUGAUGAACAAUAAAAGUGUUAGUAUAAUGCUUAUGAAAACUAUAAUUUUGAGAGAUUUCACGUGUGAAAAAGAUUUGAGCAUAUGUGAGACAACUUGGGAGCACACAGAAUUUGGCUGUGCAUUAGAGAUUGUCAGUAGUGAUAAACU